AUGGCUGAUUCCGAGUUGGAGAGUGCACUGGCGAAGGAAGGCUUGGCAGCAGAGGUCAUCAAAGUGGCCACGGAAGGGGGCUGGACAGCCUCGGCGUUCAAACACGUUGUUGAAACUCAGGCAGAAGUUGAGGGAGCCAUCCCCGAGAUCUUCCCAGGUCAGAUUUUGUCUCGGUUGCAGAUAGCCCAGAUCAAAGCAGCGUGGGCGGGCAUGCAAACAUCCAGUUCCUCUAGUGCUCUACCGGCCCCUGUCAACGCAGAUCCUACUUUGGAGACAUGGGUAGAGAGUUUUGCUCCCAAAAUUGCAUCCACGAAGCUGUCCGAAAUGAAGCGCCAAUUCCUUGCAAAUUACCCAAGUGAGGUCUUGAAUCCAUCUACUCUACCCUCUUUGAGGCUGAUUUCCCUCGCAGCUCAUCAAGAGGCACGUUCGGAGUAUAAAUGGAUAGCUUGGAAACAUCGCAUGACGGAAGAGAAAGCUUCGGAGUUGUUAAUAGCCAGACCCCACAAACAGCCCAAGCUCGAAAUGCUGGGUCUUUCCAGCUUGCUCCUUGAUGAUCCGCCUACAAUCGAAGUGACCGAUGCCAAUAUGGGUAUCAGUGGCAUCCAGCGAAUCUUGGCAGUGCAUGACGUUGCGUUGGCCAUGGUUGGCUCUGCUCACCUUGCCCGCCUUAAAGCCUACAGCUGCAAGUUCGUCCAGCUUGUGUCCCAGCGUUUCGACCCAACAUCAGGCCUGCGUGCACCGACAAUCCUAGAAGCGCAACAGGCAGAUUGUCGGAUUUGGCAGAGCAUCCAUUCUUUAGUCAGUGAGAAAGCUUGGAGCUUGAAUGACGCGUUGCAUGAGUUCACUGAAAUCAGAGGUGAGCUUAGCACCUUGCUGCAGGCUCGUCCGAAAGCCUUGUUCAUCCCCCGCGGCCCCGAUCUCAAAGGCAAGGGGAAGCAGGCAGGUGCAAAUCGUGUUGCUGGGUAUGAUAUCCAGCCGGCAGCUCGGCCAGCCGAGCCUGUAAAUGUGCUUCCGAAAUCGGUCUCCUUGUUGGAGACAAAUGCUGGGCCUGUGUCGUCGCCAGCAGUGCAAUGUCCUCAGGGCAACAUCCCUUCACAACCCGUGUUGGGUGAUGUCACGUGCAACAUGCCUGGUCGUUCCAGGAAUGAGGUAACACCCGGGCAGGAGCGUUACUUCAGCGGCUCCGGGGGAAUCGGGAUACUGGAACUUUGGGGUGCGCCUAGGGAAUCCUUCGGCCCGUUCAUCAGUUACGGACACAGCAAAUUUGCCGGGGUCGUCAAAUUUGACAGUGGGGAUAGGUCCUACUCGGAUGGAGGCCUUUGGGUCGAGGACCAAGCAGGCACUGUACCGCAGUUCAUCCCCAAGCUUGGGGUGACUCUCCCGGGCAAGAUCGUCACAACGCAUCAUGCGCCGUUUAAGUUCCCCGUACACCUUUGGCACUGCACCCAACCGUGGCUUGGCGAUCGAUGGGUGCUGACUGCCUUUACCCUCCCAGGUGUUGUGGGGUAUUGUGCGGCAUCCCCUUGCUGUUCGGAAUACUCCCGCCUGAAACUCUUUGGAGGUGCUAUGUCCUGGGAAGAAUCGUGCGUUCAAGGCUGGUUGCACUGUGGGUCUACAGCCCUCAUUGUCCUCCCGGCCUGUGCUUUUGGGGAGAACUGGGCAAAAACUUGGCUGUUUGCAUCGAGCUUUCAAGCCCUGUCCGUGAUGGGGCAGACGUGUCAACACGGACGCAAUGCACAUGAGUCCGUGCAGGGACGUGAGAGUGAUGGUUCGUUCAAAAGUCGUAAGACCGCUAAGUACCCCCAAUGCCUGGCGGAAGAAUUCGCGUUGCACAUCAGGCCGCUUCUUGCAGGUGCACAGAUUGAACACACUCUUGCCACCGCGUCAGCUUUAGUACCUGUCAAGGCCCUGGAUGUUGGACCGUGGGUAAUCCACGAUGGGGCAGGUCGCCACUCUUGUGGGGAUUGGAGCACCCCAUUGUGCCAGGAUAAGCUCAAAAAUCUUCGGACAUACCUUCUGGGGAAAGUUUGUGACAUGCAGGGCCCCAAACGCCUGCUUGCUAAAGCCACUUGGCCCAAUCCUGAACCCCUCUUCACCGCUUCGGAGGUGCAAGAUGCGCGCAAAGACUUCUUCUCCUGCUUAGGUGUGGCAACAGAUGCAAAUACAUGGAAGGUCCGUGAGCAUCAACCCUUGCAUCUGCAUGCGCUUGAGGCACUUGCCUGUUUUUGUGGUGAUCCAGAUGUGAGUCUUUGCAAAUCCCUGUUGCAAGGCGUCCCCACGGGGUACAACAACGAUAUCCCAGUGUCAAAUUGUUUUUGGCCGAAUCAAAAAGAGAACCUUGAGGAUGUAUCAUUGUCCAUUCACAUGCAGAAUUGGCGCUCGGCCUCAGUGGAUUUGUCCGUGACCCAAGCCUUGCUGCAGGAGGAGUUAGAUCAGGGUUUUUGCUUCAAGUUUGAUGGCGACAUUGAGGCAGCUAAGGCAAAGUGGCCGGGUACACUGGCAAUAGGCAAGCUCUCCGUGGUCCGUGCGCCCAAUCGUUCUGAGAGGUUGGUCUUAGAUAAUUCAGUGUGUGGCACGAAUGCAAGUUGCAGUGUUCCAGAAGUCCAGCAUAUGCCAUCAGUGAGGGACGUGAUGCACUGUUUCCCCCUUCGGGGCACCCGCUCGCGGCAAGCUGCCAUUUCUCUUGAUGUCAAAAGUGCUCACAAAAGGUGUGUUGUCAAGGAGUCCGAGCAGGGUCUCCUAGGUUUCGCUUUCGCAGAUUCUCUGUACUUCUAUCGCGUGGCCCCAUUCGGGGCGGUCUUUGCACAGCAUUGGUGGGGGCGCUUAGGUCAACUCCUGCUUCUCAAGUCCUUGUCUGCCAUGGACCAUGCGUUGCGGUCUGCGAACCUCUUGGCUGCUUGCCUGAGUAAGAGUCUGUAA